UGCAGUUUAUCCUACCGGCAAAAGUGUCAAUCAAGUCUCGGCUCAGGAAGAUCUGGACGUCUUUUCUUGUUCUUUUGUUGCAUUUAUAAGCAGUUAACAGCUGCGGCAUUUCCUCAAGGUUUGUAAAGAUGAAUGUCUGCCUUAUUGUCAUCGAUGGAUGGGGGAUGUCAGAUGAAAAACAUGGAAAUGCCAUUGCUAACGCUGACACACCUGUUAUGGAUGACCUGUGUAAGGAAUCCAGCUGUGUCACCCUUGAUGCGUCCGGACUCUCCGUCGGUUUACCCAAAGGGCUGAUGGGUAACAGUGAAGUGGGUCACUUGAGUAUCGGUGCUGGGAGGGUCUUAUACCAGAGUAUUGUUGAGAUUGACUUGGCAAUGGAAGAUGGGUCCAUUGCUGACAAACCUGCAUUUGUGGAAGCUUACACAAGGGCCAAUAAAGGCAAUGGAAGAUUGCACCUCUUGGGUUUGGUUAGCGAUGGGGGUGUGCACUCACAUAUCUCACACAUGAAAACUCUACUGGAAAGGCUCAAGGAGAAAGGCGUGAAAAAGACGUUCAUUCAAUUCUUCGCUGAUGGGCGUGACACAAGUCCAGUAAGUGGUGUGAAGUACAUCCAGCAAGUACUUGACCACACCAAGGACAUCAAGUACGGGUCUCUGGCCACCGUCGUUGGUCGGUACUACGCCAUGGAUAGAGACAAGAGGUUUGAACGUAUCCAGAUCGCUUAUGAAGGUCUGGUUCAGGGCAUCGGUGAGAAGGCAACCCCGGAAAAUAUUGUGCAGGUUGUCCAGAAUCAUUACGCUGGAGAAGGCGAUCAAAAACAGAAGGACGAGUUCCUGAAGCCCAUUAUCGUUGAUCCCGAGGGCAGACUCCAAGAUGGAGACACGUUGAUCUUCUUUGACUUCCGAGCCGAUAGGAUGAGACAGAUCACCGAGACCAUCGGCCUCAAACCGCCGUUCGAGACUGCCAAGAUACCCAAAGACUUGGGUGUAUUCUGCAUGACAGAGUACAAAGGGGAUUUCCCGUUCCCAGUCAUCUUUCCACCUCAGGUACCCACCAACGUUCUGGCUGAGUGGCUGGCACAUUGUAAAAUACCUCAAUUCCACUGUGCAGAAACUGAGAAGUACGCCCACGUGACGUUCUUCUUCAACGGAGGCCGAGAGUUGCAAUUCGAAGGGGAGGACAGGUUCUUGGUACCCUCCCCAAAAGUUGCGACCUAUGACCUGAAACCUGAGAUGAGCUGCCAGGGGGUUGCUGACAAGAUGGUAGAAAUGAUCAAGACUAAGAAGUACCCGUUCCUGAUGUGCAACUUUGCGCCGCCAGACAUGGUCGGACAUACAGGUGUCUAUGACAAAGCAGUUUUAGCAUGUACAGCAACUGACAAAGCCAUUGGUGAUCUGAAGAAGGCCUGUGAGGACAACGGAUAUGUUUUGCUGGUCACUGCGGACCAUGGAAACGCCGAGAUUAUGAUUGACAGCGAGGGAAAUCCAGUCACUAAGCAUACUACUAAGAGAGUUCCCUUCUGCUUGCACGGCGGGAAUCGCAAGUUCAAGAAGAACAUCUCCCACAAUGCAGCACUCCCGGAUGUGGCACCAACAGUACUUGACCUCAUGGGUCAUCCAAUCCCGAAGGAAAUGACUGGAAAAUCUCUUGUGGAAUAACGGGCGAAGAUAUCACAUCUACAGGUGAAGCUGCCAAGCUACAGUAACAACAAUGUUGCAUGGCUGUAAACAAUAAGGAGCAUGGAUGAUCUGUUAUUGGCAAAAUAGUCACUAUCCUUGGCCAAAUUCAUGGCACUGCUUAACGGUAAGCAAAUUUUUGUGCUUACUGUAGCAGAAAAAAUUGCUUUAGGUGCAAGCGUAUU